CUCAGCGUUGACUGGGGACGGAGCUUGGUAGAGCUCGGGAUUGACACGUGGGCCUGGGCAGUGUUUCUCUUUUGUAGAUUUUUCCGAUUAAACGGACGCCGCCUUUCUUCCCUUGGCCACGUCUGUGUAGAGGCAGCUUCUUCCUCUGUAUCGAGUUCCAGCUGUUUUCGUUCUCCUGGCUGAGCUGAGCCUCUGGGACCAUGAGUGUGGGCUUCAUUGGAGCUGGCCAACUGGCAUUUGCCCUGGCGAAAGGGUUCACAUCAGCAGGCAUCGUGGCCUCCCACAAGAUAAUGGCCAGCUCACCAGAUAUGGACCUGCCUACAGUCUCUGCACUCAGAAAAAUUGGCAUAAACCUGACCCCCCGCAACAAGGAAACGGUGCAACACAGUGAUGUACUUUUCUUGGCUGUGAAGCCUCAUAUCAUUCCAUUCAUCCUGGAUGAGAUUGGAGCUGAUAUUGAGGACAGGCACAUUGUGGUCUCCUGUGCAGCUGGUGUCACAAUUAGCUCCAUUGAGAAGAAACUGACAGCCUUCCAGCCAGCCCCUAAAGUCAUCCGUUGCAUGACCAAUACCCCUGUGAUAGUACGGGAGGGUGCCACAGUUUAUGCUACAGGAACCCAUGCCCAGGUGGAGGAUGGGAAGCUUUUGGAACAGCUAAUGAGCAGUGUGGGUUUCUGCACCGAGGUGGAAGAGGACCUUAUUGAUGCUGUCACUGGCCUCAGCGGUAGCGGGCCUGCCUAUGCAUUCACAGCUUUGGAUGCAUUGGCAGACGGUGGGGUAAAGAUGGGGCUACCUCGGCGGUUGGCACUCCAUCUGGGAGCCCAGGCUUUACUGGGAGCUGCCAAGAUGCUUUUGGAAUCUGAAGAGCACCCAGGACAGCUCAAGGACAAUGUCUGCUCCCCUGGGGGAGCCACUAUCCAUGCCUUGCACUUCUUAGAGAGUGGUGGCUUCCGCUCCCUCCUCAUCAAUGCCGUAGAGGCUUCCUGCAUCCGUACCCGAGAGCUUCAGUCAAUGGCCGACAAAGAGAAGAUCUCUCCAGCUGCCAUCAAGAAAACUCUGCUGGAUAAAGUGAAGCUGGACUCCUCUACUAUGACCACAAAGUCAUCCUCCAGUCUCAUCAAGCUGCUGGCUCAAAGCCAGGUCUCUGGAAGCCAGAAAGACUGAGGCAUGCCCUCUCUCUCUUCUCUCUGAUCUCUGCUUCUAGAAACAUAGGGAGAAAGCAUCUCCAUAUAGCUGUAAUAGCUCUUGAUUGAGUAUCAGGAAGCCCAUGUCUUGUGGUCCACAAAUGUGGACAUAGUAGGACUCUCCUACAGAGGUCAGCAUGGGGACUUUCCCCCACCAACUAGAAAGGUCAAGCUUGCCCCUCUUUCUCUUAAAAUUCAGACUUUUAGCUUCUGAAGCCUUUAAUGCAGAAGAGAAUAUUUCAGUCAUUCAGCCCUUUUCUUUCCCUUCUGUCAUAGAAACAACCUCUGCCCUUCCUCUCUCAGGGAGUUGGCCAUCCCUGGAGAAGGUGCCAAGAGUGCUGAACCCAACACUGGUAGCUGAAUUGGGCAUGUAGCUGGAGUCUUGCCCUAAGUCAUGACCCCUGACUCAGAGGAAAGCCAAACAAUCCAUCUCUCCUUCCUCUCCACCCCUCUGCUUCUUUUUUUUAAAAAUUAUUUUAUUUGGAAUUUAAGAAAUAAAAUA